AUGGAAAGAGACGACGAUUUCGACUCUGACGAUGAGCUCUUCGAAGCUCUGGGAUUCAAAGUGAUCGUUGGUAAGUUUCAAAGACCUUUAGGAGUAUUGUAUGCUCAGUUUUCAGAGCGAGAUACUAGUUUCGAUAAGAUCGACUGCGAGAUUUGUCGAAAGAGCAUUGUGCGAAAAGAUCUCGAUGCUCAUUUGAACGCCUGUGCCAAGGAUAGCAACCUUGUGUACUACUUGGUAAACAAUCUGAUAACUCCUUGCCCUCACAUUAAUUUUAUUCCAGAAAAUGGCUCUGCUCCACAUUCUCAAGAAGCAAGACGUUGCUCACAUUGUUCUUCACACUUACAAUGCGCUGAGAGACAACGAACCGGUGUUCCUGGUCAAAGGUACGGCCAAUUCUGAGCGAAAAAUAACGGAAAAUAGGAGUUCAGGUGUCUGUCUGUACUGCGAGACACCCGCCGAUCACCGUAACGGAGGAUGUCAGAUGGUUAGCCGUACUGAUUACUUGAAGGUUAGGAAAAUGAUUAUUUUAUUCCACGUGUUGGGGGAAAAGCAGAUAGAUAUGUAUUCCAGCGAGAUCUCUCACAGUCAUAUGCUCGAUAGUUAAUUAGCGGCUGGUCCCGGAGGGGGAGAGCUCGGAAAACAUGUUUUCGGUUAGAGAAGAAAGAAACAGAAAACGAGUAAAGGAGGAAAGUGCUUGACGAGCGGCUUUGCACAUUUUUCACAUACUGUACUGCUGAAUUAGCAUCAUCUCUGUCUAGUACAUAUACAAAUAUGAGCUAUUUUGACACCUGAUAAUUCAACUAAUUUUCCAGAAAGUCAUCAGCAAGACCGAGGGCGACUACUUUUACAACCUCAGCCAGCAAAUUCGCUUUGAGAAGAAAACGUCUGCAUGUAUUCAGUCGAUCAAGAACCGCAAGGAACUGCUUGAUAUCUUGGAUAAGUUCGAGAACAGUCCGGACAGUGUCACAAAGACGGAUCCGCUCGCGAAGGAUCUGGAAGAGUGGCCAAUCAGUCCGACUGCUCAGAUUCGAGAGAUCCAUGAGAAGCACGAGAAACUGGUCAAGGCGGAGAUCGAGAGAGUGGAUACGGAGAAGAAGAAAGCUCAAGAGGAGACACGAAAAGGCAGGGACCACGUCAUGCGUGGAUUCAUCAAGUACCUCGAGGAGCUCGACAGAAAGGAUCCAGUCGACGGCCGCGCUUUCAGACAUUGA